CAGCAGGUAGCAGAGUGUUUGCACCAUCAUGGCUUUUACUGGGAAAUAUGUGCUGGAGAGCCAGGAGAACUACCAGGAUUUCUUGAAGGCUCUCGGAAUUAAAGACGUCAAAGACCCCAGCAACCAUGAAAUUAUAACUGAUAUCUAUCAGAAUGACACCUUCAGGCUGACUAAAUUUCUGAUGGACCGAACCUGGAAUAACAAGUUCCCCAUCGGGAAGGAGAGCGAACUGGAGACUCUGGAUGGCGAGACGUUCAAGACCACUGUCACUUUGGAUGGUGGUAAACUCAAGAUCCAGUUCCCCAAAUACCUUUACACCGCUGAGGUGGAUGGUGACAAGCUCAUCGAGGUGAACACUAUUGGUGCAGUUACAAACAAGAUGAUUAGUAAGAAGGAAAAAUGAACUGCAUCAUUUAAUGAGACGUGAAAAAGAUGCAGCAAUAAAUCUUUGUAGUUCAAGCAUUUGGCAUUCAUCUCUUUGUGUACAAUGAUUUGUUGUUUCAGCACAAUGUCAUGAAUAUUGAAAGAUGUGUUUCCUUUACUUUGGACUUUCCUCAAGCCCUGUUGUA